AUGACGUCCCUCUGGACGUUCGACACUGCCGACUUGGACGAAGCUCCAAUCCGGCGCGGCGCCGACGCCCAACUCCACACGCUACGGGCUUGUUUCCCCCAUGCGUGGCGGACCGCUACGGAACAGUUCCUCCGACCCGACGAAACAAUCUUGUCCGAACGUUGGAUGGACGUCGUCCUGCGCAUCCAGCUAACGGAAGACGACGACAACAACAACAGCACCGAGAAUAACACUACCGACGACAACGAAAGCGACGACGCACUCGAAAGUCCCAACGGAUCUACGUGCGUGGACAAUAUCACUCGCGUUCCGGCCCGCGUCUUGGUGACCAGCGAACGCGUCGUGCUCUUGGCACUGCCAAACCUCACCGAGGACGGACACUCCCACUCGCCAUUGCCGGUGCAGUCGACACCGCUCCCCACCAGUGGUAGCUCCCGCAUACCAAAUUACCACGACGCCGAUACUUGCAUCGCUGGUUCCGCCAUUGAACUGCACGCACUCGCACAAGAAGACCAACCCAACAUGUGCGUAUAUCUACAAUGCUCCUCCGAUGGGGCGACGCCAAUGCUGGAAUGCUUCUUGGAACCACUCGGACCGUCGACCCCCGAUCCCACUGACCCCGACAACCCCGGCACUACUCAAACCGUACCCCAACAGUGCCAAGCUCUCUUUGACGCCUUAUCUACAUUAGUUGCCUUGCAUCCGGUCGAUCCCAACGAGUCGGAGGAGCCCCAAGAAGAACUCUUCGGCGGCGGCAUGGUCUUUGGCGACGAUACCAGACUGGGAUCGCUUCCACACGUGGUCGCUACCGGCAACGGCGUGGCGAGUGACGACAUGGUCGUGGGCGAUGCUGCGUUCGUGGCACCACCAUCAACAACAUCGCUCGAAGACCAUGCUACCACGACACAGGAACGGGACGCAAUCUUGUCCAGACUGGAUGACUUGCUCAUUGUACCACCCGAGUACGAAAUCGACAGCAGCGACACGGAAACACGCAUUGUCGAUUUGGAGGAAGGACAAUUUGAUGACGCGGAAGACGACGACUAUAUAUUAUAG